GAUGGCUUUAGGACCAACUAUAUAUUUACUAUAACGCUUUCUAUAUAUACUAGUCAAGAUUGUUCUGAGACAGGCUCUUAUCUCACUUAUACAACCACAUCAACCUGCCGCCAUCAUAUACAUACUUAUAUACAUAUACACAUAUAUACAACUGUAUACAUAUACAAUGUCGGCUACUCAAACGGAAGUGCUUCUGCACGGUCGAAAGCUCUCCCGACCAUCAACAUCAACAUCUUCCCUUCCUCCAGCUUAUGAACCCGGCGACUAUAUCGAGCUCGAUAAUCUUUCAACCACAUCUUCACGCUCCAGCUCCUCCUCCCCCCCUCAAUAUGACGACUACCGUCUCAGCGCCCAGGGCUCAUCUUCAUCGUCAUCCCAGCCAACUUUUCGCUGCACCAAGGCCUUUCAGAUCGAAGCUCGAGGCCAUCCUCUCCUUGCCUUCCCCCACUCGCCUCGGCGGACGCCCAUCCCCAUAUACAAUGUAGAUCUCUCCACGGGUAUUGCCACAGACCUUGCAUAUCGGUCUCUCCGUCCGGUUCGCUGCUCCGGAAACAGCAACCUCAUUCGUGCCGGCGACUCUGAAAACGACCCCAUCUGCCGAACCACAUAUCGCUUCGGCCCCGGUAAGCCCCCAAAGCUGGAGUUGUGUGGACUCAUGGCCUACGAGGAGGAGUUUGAAGUCGUCAAUAAGGGCUUCACUACGCGAGCGCAAGUAUUCCGCACGCACCUGGGCACGUUUCAAUGGCGUUACGCAGGGCGGGAAGAGAGAAAAGCGGCUGGGGCAAAUAAUUUGAUGGUCCUCGAUCGAAUAAUCAAAGUGGCGCUUGAGGGCGGGAAACAGGAGGAGAAGAGGAUACCCGUGGCGAGGCUGGUGAGAAAUGCAGAGGUUAGGUCCAAGGAGACGAAAAUUACGACGGCGGGGAAUGGAGGUAGAUUGAUGAUGAAUUUGAUGGAAUGGGAGGGAACUAAAGGGGAUGCGGAGCAGGUUGAGGUGUUGGUGGUGGCCAGCUGCUUGGUGAUGCUGAAGAAGGAGGUUGAUAGGAGGAGGAUGCAUCAGGCUAUUACUAUGACUACGCCUUGUUAUUUUGCUUAACGGGUAUUGGAUGGGCGAAGGAUGCUAACCACAGUUUUUGGUAUGUAACAGGGGCGUGCGUGUGAAAGAUAUUUAGCGAUUAAUGUUCAUUUAUUUUCGUAUAAUAUGGCCAAAUAUUUAUUUAUAUACUCUUGAUAUAAUUCUAAAUC